GGCCUGUUCAGAAGAAGCGAGCAAUUAACGAAUAAUAAACGGUUUUAAUUUAUUUAUUACAAUACAUUGGCAUUACUGUCAAUUCUUAGAAAUAACACUUUUUGUAAUUUUUCUUUAAUCAAAGAACGAAUUUGUUAUAUUUAUAAAUACUCUUUUUAAAUAUUUUAUAAACACCAUGGUUACUCAGGAACAAAUCAAAGCAAUUGGCUGUGUGCUUAAUAGUAAAAGUCGUCCACUUAAAGAACGAUUUCGCGCUUUGUUUACAUUAAAAAACAUUGGUGGUGCAGAUGCAAUUGCCGAAAUAAGUCGUGGGUUUUCUGGUGAUUCAGCUCUCCUAAAACAUGAAUUAGCUUAUUGCUUGGGACAAAUGCAAGAUAAACGGGCUUUAUGUAUACUAACUGAAGUCUUAGAAGAUGUUACUCAAGAGCCAAUGGUAAGACAUGAAGCUGCUGAAGCGUUAGGUGCAAUUGGUUUGUCAGAAGUAAUACCAAUUCUGGAAAAAUACAAAAGCGAUCCUGUAGUGGAAGUGGCCGAAACAUGUUCAAUUGCUUUAGAUCGCGUUAAAUGGCUGCAAAGCGGUCAUCAAAUAAAUGAUGAAAAUCCCUAUGCUUCUGUAGAUCCAUCACCACCAAUAGAUAACUACAAAUCCUUGGAGGAAUUAAAAUCGGUCUACUUAGAUACGAAGCGAAGUUUAUUCGAUCGUUAUCGUGCCAUGUUCAGUUUACGUAAUGAACGCUCCAAGGAAUCAGUGUUGGCCUUAGCAGAGGGCUUAAAAGAUAGUUCGGCCUUAUUUAGGCAUGAGGUAGCCUUCGUUCUGGGUCAACUUCAGGAUCCCUGCAGCAUAAAGUAUUUAAAAACAAAUCUGGAAGAUCCUUUAGAAAAUGAAAUGGUUAGACAUGAAUGUGCCGAAGCCUUAGGUGCUAUCGCUACUGAAGAAUGCAUAGACAUUUUAAACCGUUAUGCGUCCGAUGACAAGCGAGUGGUUAAGGAAAGUUGUGAAAUCGCUUUAGAUAUGUGUGAAUAUGAGAAUAGUCCCGAAUUUCAAUAUGCGGAUGCCCUAGUGAAUAUAAAUAAAAAUCAUUAGCUUUUUGUCGCUAAAGAACAAAAAUAGUAUUCAAAAUUUUGCAUUCACACAGCGGAUAGAGCAGAAUCGUUCGGCAGAUAUUGAUAAUCAAUAUACAAAAACCAUCGGGUUUUCUAAAUAAAAUGUAUAAUUCAACGUGAAUAUAAUAAUGCAGUUACCCUUCCGUACGUCACAUAUAUCCGCACUAACUUAGUGUACCUUGUACCACAAGGUGUGGAUAUAUAUAUAACAAGUAGAAAGUUGUUAAAAUUACUAAACUAUUACUAAAAAAAAUUAUCUAUAAAUUUAUUAAUAAAUUAAUAAUAAAGAUAUGCG